GCCGCCUCCGGGGGUUUCCCUUCUUCGUACCCGUCGCGCACCCGUCAAGCAACCCCGCGUUAUUCGACGGCUCAGUUGUCCAACGCCGCGACGACGACACGGUUGCGCCACGACGGCGGACACACACGGGCUGCUCUUACUGGGACCAUUUCCCGACAUCCUAUCUAUACCGUUUUCGUCACACAUCACGCUUCUUCUCAUUCACGAAGUCGCGGCCGGGUCUGUUAACUGAAGAACGAGUUCUUUGCGCGUGUUCCGUCAACGCACACCGACAAAAUGCGAUACUCGGAAAUUAUUCUGUGACUCGAAAAGACCUAAGAACUUGAUUUAAUCGUUUGUUAUAUCAACUGCCGACGGUGGACUAUAUCUUCGUGUAUGGAUAGUAGUAGGCGCAAUAAAAGCGUCCAGAAUAAUAGAAAUGUAUACGAGACACGUAUUCUGUCGAGGAGGCUGAUAAUUCUACCGGAGGAAUUCUGUCGAAAGUCUUGAAGCAACAUCGAUCACUUCCCGAUCAUUCUGUUUAUACGUUUUCCCAAAAUCAAUAGUCAUCAGGCUUUGGUGCGUUAGUAUCAUUCUAGUUGGGCCUGAAAAAUCAAGUUUCGUCAGAAUUGUUCUUCAGAUUAAUCUUGUCUCGAAGAAAGCAACAAUUCUGCAAAGAAUAGACGAACUUGCUCAAGCUUGCUUGUGCUUUCACGAGUGAACUAGACGCGAUAUUCUCAGCGUGUGUUGUUUAGUGUUCAUACUGUUCUAUAUGCCAAAAGAGAGACGCAGUUUCAAGUUAAAUUAGAAUUAGAAAAGAUUCGCGCGUGUACGCGCAACGGAACAGUGUCGCAACAAGCAACAAACAGAGCAAUCUGUACCUGAUCACAACGAAAACAUUCAUUCCAUCGAAGUGAAGGAUAGAGGAACAAGUAAAAGUCAUAGAUCGUGCGAUUUGAGCGAGAGUAAGUAGGACUCGGCGUUUCGUUUGACAGAAGUGUAUCAUCUAUCUUGCCGACGGUUAUCAAAUGUCGAAUGAGAAAAAUUGUUUGCUAACGACAUCCUUCAUUUUUUACAACGAAGUUAAAUAGAAUCAUAUUCUGUCGUCAUUGAGCACGCUAAUAUAUGUUGCAAAUAUUUAUUAUGGAAUUUUAGUUCUCAUAGACAUAUAUAUACACACACAUGUAGAAAAAAAGCUAUUUAAAAGCUUGUUAGAGAUGCUUGGGCUUCUUCGUGGCAAUUGCAUACAAUGUGAUUGUAAAUCUAUCUAAUGUUAAACGGCCUUACAACAAAGACAUAAAAUUCCGAAAAAGCAUGCACGUAUGGAAAUAAUCGCCGGAAGCAGAGUGAUGUCAAGGCCUAUCAGAUUUGAUAAUGCUACUUCGUUAAUACCGGCAAUUUUGGAAAACGGAAAAAUUACCCUGAGAAUGAUAAUGAUACUAGUCUUGUAACCCAGAUUAGAAAAUUUGUAUUGUUUUUUGCUGGUUUCUGUGUUUAAAUUUGAGAAUUCCAGUUAAAUAUCCAAGAAAUGUGCAACGAUUCUUUUUGAUUGAGUUCCUAUAAACGUCGGAAGAAGAAUCUUCCGAGGAAACAGAACAACGAUCAAUCUGGAAGACCUAAUCGCGCGCUUCGUGUAAUUUAAACAAUUAAAAUACACGGUUGAUAAGUCGACUAUAGUUAAGUUCCCCGAAUGUCCUCUGACAUUAGCUGGUGGCUCUAUACGCGGCUCAAUAUUUGCCUGCAGCACCUUUACAUGCCCCAUUGUCAAACUUGUGGAUCAAAGAUCAAUGGUCACUUGGUUCUUGUGAAUACGCGAUUGAGUAUGUCGCUCUGAGUUUGUGCGAUCCCCGUUUAAAAGGACACGAAGAUGCCGCAGCAGCAGCAGCGAUCGGCUUUCGCGAUUCAGGAGCUGUUAGGUUUGGAUGGUACCGGAAACAGAAGUGGUACCGAUCGCGGCUCCCCGCAGGGCUCGCCACCCGCCGGAGUUUCGGCUGUUUCCUAUGCCCCGGCUGCGCCUCAUCACUCGAAAUUAUGGGAAUACAUGCCCAGCCUAAAUCAUUUAGGCAAUUUGGGGAAUCUGGGAAAUCUAGGGAAUCUGGGCAAUCUUACGGCUUCAAGGAUGGCCUAUCUGAAUGCGCAGGCGGCCGUGGCAGCCGCUUUUCUACCGCCACCCCAUCCCCACCCAGCCCACCAUGUACCGCAUCAUCAGGUACAUCAAUCAAGCCAACUUCCGGCUUCGCCGCCCGGCGUCAACCUGCAUCCUGUGGCACACGCGCAGCAUGUACUUCCUGGUACGGCUGUUACCACGAAUCAUCAUCAACAUAGCCCGACUCAACACACCCCACCUCAUGGAUUUUCGCAAUCGAAAGGGUCAUUCUCCAAUACGAGUCCAGGUGUUGGACACAACAUAGAAUCAGGGAAAGAUUUCACGGUAGAUGGACUCUCAGGUUUUAGUAAAAAAAAGAAGAAGAAACGUCGUCAUAGGACGAUCUUCACGUCACAGCAGCUGGAGGCGCUGGAGGCAGCUUUCAAGGAAGCCCAUUAUCCUGACGUCUACGCCCGCGAAAUGCUAAGCCUGAGGACUGAUCUACCCGAAGACAGGAUACAGGUUUGGUUUCAAAAUCGGAGAGCAAAAUGGCGCAAGACAGAGAAAUGUUGGGGCAGAAGUACCAUAAUGGCAGAAUAUGGUCUAUAUGGAGCGAUGGUCCGACAUUCCUUACCACUUCCGGAAACGAUUUUAAGAAGUGCCAAGGAAAAUGAAUCCGUUGCACCAUGGUUAUUAGCUCAAUCAUCUAAGACAAGCAGCUUUAACCAAGAUUUCGAAUAUAAUCAAGAACUGAUUGACUGUGGACCUGUAGGGAUGCAUCGGAAAUCGCUCGAGGCAGCAGAGCAUCUCAAAUCUGGCGGAGAGGACAGCGGCAAUGAUCAAAACGGAAGCGGAAGCAGUCCCCAUCAUAAUCACCAUCAAGGAGGACCAACCAGUUCGGAGAGUGGACAGGAGAGUCAGGAUGGUAUGGGACCUUCGUCAUCUACUAGUGUCGUGCAGGAUACGGAACAACUCAGAAACGAAAGUAUUGCCUGCUUGAGGGCGAAAGCACAGCAGCAUCAAUUGCAAUUGAGUCUGCAACCAACAUCAACGCCUCCAAGUGGAUCGUAUCCGUCGGCACCGCAGUCAAGCACGCUACAUACUUCUGUUUAAUCGCGAAAAUACAAACUCUUUUUCUGAUAGUUCCGUGUCCGAUAUUUUUGCUGAUGAUGCGGAAUCCUGUCCUGCCUGGAGGACUGUCGUAGAUGAAUCGGCAACACCGAUUUCAAAAUCAGUGAUAUUUUUUUAAUGAAUAUCUCGGCGAAGAUCGGUCCUCUCGAAAUAUAUAAGAAUCUUUCUGAGAUCACUUCUAUGAUUAAUAUCGCAGCCAGACUGCAACAAUGACGUCGAUUGAACAAAUUUCUCAUGGUGAAAGAUCUCGGAUUGUUCCGUCACGAUUCUAAUGUUCUACGUUCCUCGCGUCAUCAUUCAAGCACAGUUCUAAAUUUUUGUGACUGCAAUUAAUUGCGAUGCAGUGUUAAUCGUAAAGCUCGAAGAUACCCACGAGAUAUAUAUGUAUAAUAUAUAUAUAUAAUAUAUAUAUAUAUAUAUAUAUAUAUAUAUAUUAUAUAUAUUAUUAUAUAAUUACAACGAAGCGUGAUAAACCGACAAAUUGAGCGCCUGAUUUGCUUUAUACAAGUUUGCAUGUCUCGCGCAGCAAUCAAGCAGACCUAUAGAUCGAUACGGAUUUACAUAAUCCUCCGCAACGACUUGACGUACAAUGACGAAAGUGGUGUCUCCAUGUUGUGUUUUGAAAAAAGAAACAAAAUGAGAUUGGAAAAUACCGCGGAAUAAACAAUGAAAUUAAUUAUUAAGCUUAAAUCUCAUCAACGAAAUAAUAGCCUACUGAUGAUCUGUAUAACAAUAAACAAUAAAAGAUUAUCGAUCAGGGAAUCCUGUCGUUGACGAAUGCAAGAACGAAUACUUAUAAAGAAAGAUUUUUCCGGAAAAAAGUCGACGAUGAACAAGGCUUAAUUAAUCAGUCCGGUCGAUUAAUUUAAUGGACUGGCAGAUCGAGAGCAAACGGAACUACCUAAUUAGAGUAUAAUUGCUUUUAAUAGCACGAUUGUGUGUCUGUACGCAUGUGUUUUGUGUGUGAGCGUAUGCGUGUGUGCGCAGGUGUAAAUGCGUGCGCACCUGUAUGCAUGUGUGUAUAUGCGAAAAAAAAGAAAUCGAAUGAAGAGUGUGAGAAACUUGAAGAUUUUUUGUCUUCAGAAUAUUAACCUGCAACGAAUGUUGAACAACGCAAAGCAUAAAAAAUAAAAGCAUAAAAGAAAGAAAAAGAAAUUGUGGAAUGCAUUGCAAGAUUACAAAAUAUAUGAUUACACAUCGAAGAAAAACGAAGACUUUUACGGUACACAUAUAAAAAAUGCCCUCAAGAUUUACAAGUUUAAAAUAAUAUGCAACCAUUGAAAGUUGAUUCGAUUGUGUUAAAAUCAUGUGUAUAUGUGAGAUAAAGAGAGAUAGUAUAUGCAUGUAGAUGUGUACGCGUUAAACAAAGUGAGAGAGAGAGAGUGAGAGAGAGAGAGAGAGGGGGGGGGGGGGCGGGGUGCAAGUCAAAAAUUUAUUAGCGAAGACUUCCUAUAUCCAAGUACUUAAGGAGAAACGUAACUGUUGUCAAAUGUGCAAUAUAUCGAUAUAAGUUCUAGUUCGAUAAGAUAUAUUAUACUUUAGUAACGGAUACGUCUAUGCAAGGCAUCUACGACGGCAUCGGUGUCUCGUUGGGCGAUUGUUAUAAACUACAAUAUAUGUCCUUCGAAAAUUGUAUGAAAUGAAAGCUGAAGGAAUAUUGCACAUCUAAUUCUUAUGCUUUCCAUUUUUGCUGCGAAUAAACUUAUCCCCGCGUUGCACCGUGCGUCGUUUCGGGACGUUCGCCUCUUGUACAUAAAUAUAUAAAUAAAAAAUCUAUAUAUACACAUGCGCAAAAAAAAUGACUAAAAUUAAAUCGUGGUUGCGAGACACACUGAGCCGGACAAAAAUUUUUCCGCGAAUUUGAACAAUUGAGAAUUUUUAAAAUUAUUAAGUAAAAAUAAUAAAAAAACAAAAUACUUGGUUUAUUAUUUUACUAUUAAUUUUCU